AUGGUGUUUUCUCAGCGAGGAGGUCCGGAUUCCCGGCGUCUGCUGCUGUCACUUCUCCUGUUCUCAAUCUGGGAAGCUGGGAGCGGCCAGCUCCGCUACUCUGUCUCCGAGGAGGCCAAACACGGCACCUUCGUGGGCCGCAUCGCGCAGGACCUGGGGCUGGAGCUGACGGAGCUGGUGCCCCGCCUGUUCAGGGUGGCGUCCAAGGACCGCGGGGACCUUCUGGAGGUAAAUCUGCAGAAUGGCAUUUUGUUUGUGAAUUCUCGGAUUGACCGGGAGGAGCUGUGCGGGCGGAGCGCGGAGUGUAGUAUCCACCUGGAGGUGAUCGUGGACAGGCCGCUGCAGGUUUUCCACGUGGAGGUGGAGGUGAGGGACAUUAACGACAAUCCGCCAGUAUUUCCGGUAAAAGAACAAAAGCUGCAUAUUUCAGAAUCCAGAAUGCUAGACUCUAGGUUUCUGCUAGAGGGCGCAUUCGAUGCAGACAUUGGAGCCAAUUCAGUUGUAACCUAUAGGCUUGACUCUAAUGAUUACUUCACACUGAUUGUGAGUUCAAAGAACGAAGAAAGCAAACAGAUUGAGUUAGCUUUAAGAAAAUCCUUGGACAGAGAAGAUGCCCCUGAGCAUAAACUACUGCUGACAGCCACGGAUGGAGGCAAACCUGAGCUCACAGGCUCUGUUCAGCUGCUGGUCACUGUGCUGGAUGUGAAUGAUAACGCCCCUACUUUCCAACACCCUGAGUAUGAAGUGAGAAUCUUGGAAAACUCAGACAACGGAACGACACUUAUUCGACUGAAUGCUUCUGACAGGGAUGAAGGGACGAAUUCAGAAAUUUCUUACUCUUUUAAUAGGCUGGUGCCGCCCAGGAUUCUUGAGCAGUUUAGCAUAGAUGCGGAUACAGGAGAAAUCAGAAUUCAAAGGAAUUUGGACUUUGAGCAAGUAGAUGUCUACAAAAUCCGCGUGGACGCGGCAGACAAAGGACACCCUCCGAUGGUGGGCCAUUGCACUGUUUUAGUGAAGGUAUUGGAUGAGAACGACAAUGUGCCUCAGAUUACAUUGACUUCCUUAUCCCUGCCUGUUCGAGAGGACGCUGCACUGGGUACAGUCAUUGCUCUAAUCAGCGUUUCGGAUCUGGACUCUGGAGCCAACGGGCAGGUGACCUGCUCCCUGACUCCUCAUGUCCCCUUCAAGCUGGUGUCCACCUUCAAGAAUUACUAUUCUCUCGUGCUGGACAGCGCCCUGGACCGAGAGACCACAGCUGACUAUCAGGUGGUGGUGACAGCGCGGGAUGGGGGUUCGCCUUCUUUGAGUACCACGGCCAGCGUGUCUGUGGAGGUGGCUGAUGUGAACGACAAUGCUCCUGCAUUCGCGCAGCCCGAGUACACGGUGUUUGUGAAGGAGAACAACCCGCCUGGCGCGCACAUCUUCACGGUGUCGGCGGUGGAUGCUGACGCACAGGAGAAUGCGCUGGUGUCCUACUCGCUGGUGGAGCGGAGGAUAGGCGAGCGUUUGCUGUCGAGCUAUGUGUCUGUGCACGCGGAGAGUGGCAAGGUGUUUGCGCUGCAGCCUCUAGAUCAUGAGGAGCUGGAGCUGCUGCAGUUCCAGGUGAGCGCACAGGAUGCUGGUGUGCCUGCCCUGGGCAGCAAUGUGACUCUGCAGGUGUUUGUCCUGGAUGAGAAUGACAAUGCUCCUUCCAUUCUUUUGACUGGUACUGAAGGCUUGGGUAGUGUGGCAACUGAGCUGAUACACAGGUCUGUGAGCGUGGGUCAGGUGGUCUCAAAAGUGCGAGCAGUGGACUCAGAUUCUGGCUACAACGCAUGGUUGUCCUAUGAACUGCAACCCUCAGUGGGCCCUCGCAGCCCAUUUCGCGUUGGGCUGUACACAGGUGAGAUCAGUACAACACGCGCUCUUGAUGAGUCCGAUGCACCCAGACAGCGCCUGUUGGUAUUGGUGAAAGACCAUGGCGAGCCAGCUCUGACUUCCACAGCUACCAUUCUCGUGUCCCUGGUUGAGAGUAGCCAGGCACCAAAGGCCUCUUCUCAGGCUUCUAGUCGUGCUUCAGUCCCAGAGGCGUCUCUGGUGACUGUCAACGUGUACCUGAUCAUUGCCAUCUGCGCCGUGUCCAGCCUGUUGGUGCUCACGCUGCUGUUAUACACAGCACUACGCUGCUCCACAACUCCCACCGAUGGAGUCUGUGCUCCGCAGAAGCCUAUGCUGGUGUGCUCCAGCGCGGUGGGGAGCUGGUCAUACUCACAGCAAAGGCGGCAAAGGGUUUGCUCUGGAGAGGGUCCACCCAAGACCGACCUCAUGGCUUUUAGUCCCAGUCUUCCACCGCGUCCAGUAUCAGAGGUCAUUGGGGAAGGGCAAGAUUUAAAUAUCGAUCAUGGCUUUCAAGUAAGUCCUUUUAUAUUUAGAAAUUUAAUUUGUAGAAAAUUUGCAACUUUUUUAUGA